AUGGAGGCGACUAAGAACGAAUUGAUCGUUUUCGCGCCAACGCGCGUUCCAAAUUCAAAUAGGACGGGCCAGGCGGAAGGGCGACAAACGGCGUGGUCUGCGGAAAGGGAGCGCCGCGCCGCUGCACGGAAUAUUCAACGGCCGCCCGACCCGCCCGCGCGUAUUACGAUUCAACGGGCCGUCCGCCCGAUACGGCACCCGCUCUGCCGGCCGAGCGGAGACGUGUUCCGCAACGCAGAUGGCCACGCGAAGUUUUUUCGUGCAGCUAACCAACCGUUCCGUAUACAUGAGGCUGUUCCGAACUUCAAGGCGGGCAGUGCUUUUGUAGCUGCUCUGGCGGCGGUCAUU